CUCCUCCCAAGCUUUUUCUGGUAGCCACUUGUUUGCGCACGUUGACAGGUUAUCCCCCGCCUCUGGGUCCCCGGGAAAAAACGCCCCUUGGCAUCCACUAAAUCCGAUGUAUCCCAUGUACUGGCACUUUUGAGACGCAUUCUUAUCGGUCGCUGGGCGGAGCGGGUUAUGAUUCUGGGUCCAUUUUAAUACUAGCAUUCGAGAUGGUGAAAAUCAGCGCCCUUCCCCGUACGUCAGUCCGCCUCUGAGGAUCCGCAUGAUCGUCUUCCUCUCGGUGACAUAGUGCCUCUUGCAGCACCUCAAUUAGUGGACCGUCGUGUCUACCAUUGCGAGGAAGAGAGAUCUGUCGAUUCUUUGCAACCCCUCUGCAAUGGGGCUGUCCGGCCUUCAACACGGUUCAGAAGAUUGGCCCCUUCCACUUUCCCGGCGAGAAAGUACUCUGUCUUCAUCAACUCAAUCGUCCGGCCAGAUCAGUCCCGGCACCUCGCCUUUCACCUCGCAUCCCCUCAGCAGAACGGCUUCCUCUGCAGGCUCGCGAUCGAGAGAAGCCUCGUGCUACUCGCUACAUGAGGAAGUCAUCCACAUCCCGCUCAACAAUACCGUCACCAUUACUUUCGUGCGAAGUAACAAACUGUUCAAGCUCCGUUAUACCUACAUCGACGUACGCAAGGAUACCACGGGAAGCCUCAGAUGCCUGGAGCUCGGAGGUGGCCCUGGCCAGCAAACACCAUUGAUUCAUACCUUUAACGAGUCGAAAAUCCCUGUCCCACACUUAGAACAUCCGAAACGUCCCAACGAACCCUCACUACGGAUCUCUUUUAUGGAAGAGCAGACUGUACAAUCCGCACAGACCGUGUUUACCACCCAAUUAUCAUACCAAUUCGAAGAAGAAAAAGACUGUGUUCAAUUUCAGGAGAUCAUCCUAGCAUCCAAAUUAGUCUUUCUUGCCGGAAUCGCAGAAGCCAAGUCGAAAGGCCGUGGAGAGGAGUGCAUCAGUCAGAACCUACGUAUCCUCCGCGGACCCAAUGGCAAGCAAGUCAUGCUAUUUUUUGCCAACUCUCAGCGGAAAGACUUGAAGCGCUACGUGAAAGUACCAGUGAACUGCAUUGACAGUUUUAAUCCCGGCAAGAAGCCAGGGCGGCCUGUGGUUAUACAGCUCCAACCUAAUUUUGACAUCCUAACUCAAAUGAAGACGCUACAGAUCCAAUUCCUGGAUGAUACAGAUCGAAUAGCGUUCUGCCAGUUUCUGGGCGACCACAUCAAGUGAGAAGAGAAGAGAGGACGAUAGCCUUUACGAUUGCAUAAUUCAAGGAGAAGGGGGAAGGGGAGGGAGGAUUGCCUCGGGCGACGGUGGCCACCACGUGUGUCCCACUGUAUAAAGUCGUUGCUAGGCUCAUAAUGUAGGUCGAAGGAUCUCUUCGUUUCGUAUCCAGGUCGCACUAGUCUCCUGGUCUUUCGUUUUGUUCAUUUGCCACGACAUUUCAUCUAUCAUUUUUAUACCCGUGUCGGCAGUCGUUAGAGAAAGCGAUUCUUUUUUUGGUUUUUUUUUUUGUGUUUAUUAUGCGUCUACUUAACUUUAC